AUGGACUCAUCUUCUGAAUCCCGCCGGGACCCCUCUCCUCCGCCGCCGCAGACCCCAAGCCCUGAGACCAGCUUUGACUGCGGGGCCCCAACUUCCCCCAGCACAAGUCUCAUGUUGACAGACAGUAUAUGGCAAAAUGGCCCCCGAGACAGCCCUUUGAUGCCUUGCGAGAUCCUGACGAACCCACAGUUCAUCGGCAAAGGCGGGUUCGGCAAGGUGUUCAAGGCGCGGCACAAGGACUGGAUGCAGGAUGUGGCCGUCAAGAUUGUAGAUUCGGAGUCCAUAUCGGAGGAGGUCAAAGCCAUGGCCAACCUACGGAACGAAUUCGUGAUGCAGCUCCUGGGGGUCACCAAUAAACUGACGUGGGCAGGCAAAGCGCAGCCGGCCCUGGUGACCCAUUUCAUGGAGUAUGGGUCCCUGACUGGGCUGCUGCAGCCAGAGUGCCCGCGUCCUUGGCCGCUCCUCUGUCGCCUGCUGUGGGAGGUGGUGCGUGGCAUGUGUUACCUGCACAGCCUGAACCCGGUGCUUCUGCACAGGGACCUCAAGCCUUCCAAUGUCCUGCUAGACAAGGAGCUGCACGCCAAGGUGGCAGAUUUCGGCCUGUCCACAUUUCAGACUGAAAAACCUGAGCAGGCUAGAGGCACGCUGGAAUACCUAGCCCCAGAAUUGUUGGCUAAAAGGAAUCAACAGGCCUCAAGGGCCAGUGAUGUUUACAGCUUUGGAAUCCUAAUGUGGUCUGUGCUCGCUGGAAGAGAAGUUGAGACAGUGUCACAUACUUCGCUGAUGCAGGGAGCAAUCUGCAUGAGACACAACCAGCCCCCCCUGACAGAGCUGCCCCAGCCCAGCUCCGAGAGGCCAGGCUUGGAAGAACUGACAAUUUUAAUGAAAGAUUGCUGGAGUUUCACGCCCCAGGAUAGACCCUCCUUUCGUGAAUGCAGCUCCAAAAUCGAAGCUGCCUUUAAACUGGUGAAAGCAACAAAGAUGGAUAUAGAUACUGAAGUCUCCAGGAAUCGGCCACCUCUGUACCUGGAAGGUGUAUGA